AUGGAGUUCACAUGUGUGCCUGACCCCUUUGUUGAUAAGACCCUUUAUCCUGAUAUCAUGGGAUACCCUGACUCGAGAACUUCCGCAAAGCCUGACUUUGGGCCUAAGGUCCGGGCUCGAAACCCGACCCGCAACGAGCUAGGGGUCGGUCUUUUCAAGCUCGACCCAGACCCCGGCUCGCAGGGGGGCGCUCGUCGCUUCCCCCCUCCCCUUAGGCUCGAAAUUAAUGGUCUUGGCGUUGAUAGAGUGGCUAAAUCACCUAAAUAA